AUGGAAGGCCAGGAGCGGCCGGCGCCCCCCGCCAGCCCGUUUGCGGACGGGCACCUGGUCCUGUGGACUCUGUGUUCGGUGCUGCUGCCCGUGCUCAUCACCUUGUGGUGCAGCGUCCAGCGGUCGCGCCGGCAGCUGCACCGCAGGGACAUCUUCCGCAAGAGCAAGCACGGCUGGCGCGACACGGACCUGUUCAGCCAGCCCACCUACUGCUGUGUGUGCGCGCAGCACAUCCUGCAGGGCGCCUUCUGCGACUGCUGUGGGCUGCGCGUGGACGAGGGCUGCCUCAAGAAGGCCGACAAGCGCUUCCCCUGCAAGGAGAUCAUGCUCAAGAGUGACAGCAAGGCCUUGGACGCCAUGCCCCACCACUGGAUCCGGGGAAACGUCCCCCUGUGCAGUUACUGUGUAGUUUGCAAGCAACAGUGUGGCAACCAGCCCAAGCUCUGCGAUUACAGGUGCAUUUGGUGUCAGAAAACAGUACAUGAUGAAUGUAUGAAAAAUAGCUUAAGGAAUGAAAAGUGUGAUUUUGGAGAAUUCAAAAACCUCAUCAUUCCACCAAGUUAUUUAACCUCCAUUAAUCAUAUGCGUAAAGAUAAAAAAACAGAUUAUGAAAUGCUGGCCUCUAAACUUGGGAAGCAAUGGACUCCAUUAAUAAUUCUGGCCAACUCUCGUAGUGGAACUAACAUGGGAGAAGGAUUGCUGGGGGAAUUCAGGAUCCUCCUAAAUCCCGUCCAGGUUUUUGAUGUUACUAAAACUCCCCCCAUCAAAGCCCUACAACUUUGUACUCUUCUUCCCUAUGACUCAGCUCGAGUGCUUGUCUGUGGAGGGGAUGGGACUGUUGGCUGGGUCCUGGAUGCCCUUGACGAAAUGAAGAUUAAGGGACAAGAGAAAUACAUUCCACAAGUUGCAGUCUUGCCUCUGGGAACAGGCAAUGAUCUAUCCAAUACCUUGGGGUGGGGUACAGGUUAUGCGGGAGAAAUCCCAGUUGCACAAGUCUUAAGAAACGUGAUGGAAGCAGAUGGAAUUAAACUAGAUAGAUGGAAAGUUCAAGUAACAAAUAAAGGAUACUACAACUUAAGAAAACCCAAGGAAUUCACAAUGAACAACUAUUUUUCUAUUGGACCUGAUGCUCUCAUGGCCCUCAAUUUUCAUGCUCAUCGUGAGAAGGCCCCAUCUCUGUUUUCUAGCAGAAUUCUUAAUAAGGCUGUUUACUUAUUUUAUGGAACCAAAGAUUGUUUAGUGCAAGAAUGUAAAGAUUUGAAUAAAAAAGUUGAGCUAGAGCUGGAUGGUGAGCGAGUAGAACUGCCGAAUUUGGAAGGCAUUAUCGUUCUGAAUAUCGGCUACUGGGGUGGCGGCUGCAGACUGUGGGAAGGGAUGGGAGACGAGACCUACCCUCUAGCCAGGCAUGAUGACGGUUUAUUGGAAGUUGUUGGAGUAUAUGGGUCUUUCCACUGUGCUCAGAUUCAAGUGAAACUGGCGAAUCCUUUUCGAAUAGGACAAGCACAUACAGUGCGACUGAUCUUGAAGUGCUCGAUGAUGCCAAUGCAGGUAGAUGGGGAGCCGUGGGCCCAGGGGCCCUGCACUGUCACCAUAACCCACAAGACACACGCACUGAUGUUGUAUUUCUCUGGAGAACAAACGGAUGACGACGUCUCUAGUACUUCAGACCAAGAGGAUACAAAGGAAACUGAGUAG